CGUGCCCUGGUCAAUCAUUGGUAGACAACAGGAGGCAACAACUAAUGACAACUCCUUUUAAACUGAGUGGUUGUGAACUGGUGAUGGAUUGUCAAUAAGGCGUGCGUAACAUGCGUAAAAGUGUUAAGGGGGGUUCCUGGCGAGCUGCAGAUCAGGUGGAUGCCUCAUUUCCUGGCCGUGCCUAGAGAGACUGAGGGGAGAUACGGGGACACGGCAUGUGUAAAAGGAGGGUAGAGCGAGCUCCAGCGAGAUAGGGGGGAGAGAGAGACGUAGAGACACGCGCGCGCAGAGGAGGAGGAGGGGGAUAGGCUCCUGAUACCAAGACACGGAAAAGCAGGGGAGGGAAAGAGAGAAAGAAGAAGAGGAGAAAGGGGGAGGCUGGGGAGUGGGUGAAAACAGGGGAAUAAGACUUGAAGAAAGCACACGGCACCGAGGAGAGCACGGACACUUACCUUUUCGAGCUUUCGGGGCCAGCUCUCGCGUCUUGUCGUCUGCUGUCACGGCUCAUUGGACUCUGCGCGUCCACCCCAGACCCCAUGGGGUAACAGCAGUUGGUUUGGAGGAGAGGCUUGGGUUCCACUACACAGAUGAACAACAGAAAGGAGGACAUGGAGAUCUCGUCUCACUACAGGCAGCUCCUGCGUGAGCUCAACGAGCAGCGGCAGCAUGGCAUCCUGUGCGACGCCUGUGUCAUCGUGGACGGGAAGAUCUUCAAGGCCCACAAGAACGUCCUGCUGGGCUCCUCGCGCUACUUCAAGACCCUCUACUGCCAGGUUAAAAAAGGAGCCGAGCCCCCUCACCAGACGACUGUCACUCACCUGGACAUCGUCACGGCAACAGGUUUCAAAGCCAUUUUAGACUUCAUGUACUCCGCGCACCUCGCCCUCACCAGUAAAAAUGUCAUAGAGGUGAUGUCUGCCGCCAGCUAUCUGCAGAUGACUGACAUUGUCCAAGCCUGCCACAGCUUCAUCAAAGCAGCUCUGGACAUCAGCAUACGCUCCGAAAUGGCGGACGAGCUGGCCGACUUUGAGAUGGGUGCGGUGGCAGCAGCUGGCCUGGGAGGAGGGGGUUUGCCUGGAGCUGGGAGUGUAGUUGGGGCAGGACUAGGGGGCGCUGGUGGGGCCAUAGUUGGGAUGGCAUCUGAAGCUUUGGCAUCGAUCAUGUCCGGCCGGAGCACAUCGCCCUGGCUAGCUCGCCGAACUAGCCCCGCAAACUCGUCAGGGGAUUCAGCCAUCGCUAGUUGUCAUGAAGGGGGUAGUACUUAUGGUAAAGAGGACCAAGAAGCACCCAAAAGUCAUGAAAGCCAAGAGGAGACCUGCCAUGACUCCCAGCCCGCCUGGCCUCACGACUAUAGACCCGUCACAGUCAAGGAGGAGCAGGUGUCCCCCGCAUCGUCCUCCCACCCGCGGGACACGCAGAGGGGUGCGGCCCAGAGCCAGACGGAGCAAGGGGCGGGGCAGACGGGAAACGGAGACGGGCCUUGGCAACCAUUGGCGGGGUCGGGCAGGAGGAAGAACAGAAAGAACAAGGACACGGUCAGACAUAUUACCCAGCAGGCCGAGCGAAACUGGGACAAAGAGCGGGACCGAGAGAGGGACAGUAGACCUGGGUCCCCUCUGCCCUCCAUGCUGGCAGUGGCUGGGUGGAACUACAAUGGACAAGACAUCCCAGGGGCAGACGUGACAGAGCCAAACAGCUCAGACAGUCGAGGAGAAAGACUUGACUUCUUCCUGAAACAAGAGGAACCGCUGACCACAGAACCCAGUUUCCUUGGCGUCAGCGAAUCGGAGGAGGCUGGAGCCGGAGCUGGGGGCGGGACCAUCUCAUCUGUGGCCAAUCUGAAGGCAGCGCUGAUGAGUAAGAACAGCCUACUGUCCCUGAGAGCUGAAAUGAUGGGGGAGGAUAGUCCGCUGCUGUAUGAGUACCUGCCCAAAGGAGGACACUCCCUCUCCUUGAACGACUUCACGGUGAUCCGUAAAAAGUUCAAGUGCCCCUACUGCAGUUUCUCGGCUAUGCACCAGUGCAUCCUGAAGAGGCACAUGCGCUCGCACACAGGAGAGAGGCCCUACCCCUGUGAGAUCUGCGGCAAGAAGUUCACCAGAAGGGAGCACAUGAAGAGACACACACUGGUCCACAGCAAAGACAAGAAGUACGUGUGCAAAGUGUGCAGCAGAGUCUUUAUGUCCGCAGCCAGCGUCGGCAUCAAACAUGGUUCCCGUCGCCAUGGCGUCUGUGCCGACUGCUCCGGACGGGGCAUGGCCGCACUCUUGGACCAUAAUGGAGAGGUGGGUGGAGACAUCUCACCGGAGGAGGAGCUGUAUGCCGGCGACCGUUUCCAGGACGACCAGGCAGAGUGCGAUGGAGACGCGGAGGAGGAGAUGAUGGCGGAUGGGGAGAUGAUUGGGGAGACAGAGGAGGAGAAGUGGAAAGACUCAGGGAUGAGAGAUAAGACACAACGGGCACUGGACAAUGAAAAGGAGGAGAGUGAUUCCUCUGCGCAGGACGGGGAGCAGCAGAAUGGGACAGACAGGGACUUCACCUGGAUCUCCUAGGACCAGGUCUCCUUUGCCUUAGCUCCUGAUGAAGAUGCUCUGAAGAUCUCCAGCAAUCUGUGAGGCAGAAUUACUCCUGCUCUCCUCUUGACCACUCGUCUUGCAGUGGAGCAGCCUCGCACUCAAAAGGAAAUGUGUGAGGUGUGCGCCACAAUGAACUCCAAACUUUUAUGUGACAUUUUGAGGCGAUUUUGAAGACGGCGGCUCCAGCGGUGGCUUUUUCUGCUUACCUCCUUCACUCCUGAUGCAGUGUUUUAGUGUCUGUUUUUGUUGCGGGUUCAGGCCAGGUUUCUUGCCUGCUUUGCUGUUCACAAUCAUAGUGGACUUAAAGCAUCUACCUAGAGAGUCCGCUCUGUGUGGACCACUGGAUGUAAUGUUUUUUUUAAAAGUGAAGGGUCGAAAUCUAUUGCAAAGAGAAGUGUGUCUCAGCUGAUGAGAGUCCUACUGCCACAGACUUGCACUUUAACUGACUCCACUUUUAGCCCUAAACCAUGGUUUACAUUUUUGAUCUUUUAUCAAAUUGGUGACCGCACCUACCUUUAAGGAUAUGCUCAUGUCCUCUUGACUGUUAACACAAUGGAGAAUCACUGAACCUUUGUGCAGAUUGCUGUUUAUAUAUAGCCUAUGCCUUUCAGUGAGUUAUUCCUCAAUCUUUUCUCUUUAAAGUUCAAUUGAUCCAUUCCAACAGAGACUGGAGCUGUACAUAAGGUUUAGGAGGUUUCAAACCAGAAUGACACAAUGUGUGUGAGUCUGUGUGUGUUGGAGAGAGGCAGAGAGAGAAUGUACCACACUUUUACUCAGAAGCUAUUUAGAUGAAUGAGUCUGGUCCUGAUUGGCACAAACAGGACAGGGGUAGAUCUGGACUCUGUUCCAGUGUUUCUGACACUGGAGUUUGGACCUGAGAGCUCGCUCUCUCUCAAGGAGGUGCUGCCUUCCUUUCUUCCUUGUUCCUCAGUCAUUGCGAUUUCUAAUCAGAAUAUGCAGAUCACAUGAAAUCAUUUUAAUCAUUUUAGUUCAAAUUUUAAAGUAAAAAAUAUACAAAUGCUUUGAAAGAGUUUAAUAUUAAUUUGUUGAAUCUAUUUAUUGGAGGCAUUUGGUGAAGUCAUUUGCUCCUCUCUCUGUCUGAUGCAAGAAUGUUGUGUGUGUGUAUGUGUGUGUUGACAAAAGAGCUUAUAUUGUUUCCUUCAAAUUAUUUCCAUGUUUUUGGCAAAAGUUAAUGACAAUUCAAUGGAGACAGAUGUCUUAUUCUCAUAAGAUUAUGAUUACUGUUGUUAAUGUAUCUACUUAUUAUUAAUAAUUAUUAUUAAGUGCUGGAUGCUAAGCUUUAUCGUGUGUUCUUUUUGAUAUUUUAUAUCUUGUAUAAGAAAAAGCUUUUAUACUUUGCCUUGUUGUGGACAGCAAGCCAUGGGCUUUUCUCAACCUUUUCUUGUGCCAGUUUACGCUUCUGUCGUAUUUGCUUUCAAACCAAGGGAAACACACACUUCUCUGUUCGAUAUGGAGGACACAUGUAUUUAGCACAUGCUUUGGCAUCAGAUGUACACUAACUGAGUACCAAAAACAAUCUUCUUGUAUACAUGAAGUGCUUUCGUUAACAGUUCUGUGUAUGCAGGUGCUUAUUUAUGUCGUGCUUUUUUUUUUUUUUUUUUUUUUUUUUUUUGUUUGUUUGUUUUUAGUUUAAGCUAUUUUGUCACAGUUUUGCUAAGUGCACAUUGUAUGGUAUUCUUGUGAAGAUGAAGGGCUGCUUAAGGGCCAACACUCCUUUUGAGGACUGCAUCAAGUAAUUAGACUCACAUUGUUUUCACUUUUCUCACUUAAAAUCACUAAAGUAUCAAGGCAGCACAGACAGAGCUAUAUUCCGCUAAUGUUAAAUCUCUGUGUUGUUCGGAUGGCGUUACACAAAGGGAAAGGCCAGCUCUGCCCCACUGCACUCUGGGAAACAUUCGGGUGCCAUCGCUGGUACAAUGUACAGUAAGCACAUGUUGCCUCUGUGCUUCUGGAGCCAUGAACUGCUCUUCAUACUCCACCAGUUCCCCUCAUGACUAUUUAAUUUUUAUUUAUUGUUCUUAUGCCCUUAUGUUAGUCACAAAAUUAUAAAAGAAGAAAAAAUAAUUAAUGAAUGUUCGGUGUGGAAGGAUUCAAAGACAAAUCCCAAUGUUAUGUUGUGGCCACAGAGAGACUUUUUUAUGUAUGUGUGUGGCCCUGCCCUUCUACACAGUUUGGGUCUUCUUCCUCAUAGCGGGUUGUGCUUCAGGAAAAUGUCUGCCAUCAAAACUUUUGAUAUGUGCCUCAAUUACAUUCCACCCGUGAAAGUUGUAUCAUAUCAUUGUCCAUUUCAAAAUAAGACAAAUCAGAUGUUUUGUCCAUCCAUCAUGUGUGGUCCUUGUGUUCCAAUGCUCUUAUUUUGAAAUGCAUGCACGUGUUGAUUUUUGUCAUACCAAAGUGAUGUCUUCGUUCGGGCAUCUGCGCGCGACCCUCUCAUUCCACUCGAUGCAAAACUGGAAUCACUGGCUCUAUCCACUGCAGAUGAAUUAUGGGUAUUUCUUAGAUGUGUACAAAUGGCAAUCCUCAUUUAGCCUGUAUAGCUUGACUUUACACGUGCAAAAUCAUGAAGCCAUAGAUAUGCGUAUGUUGAUAUGAAACUAUAAAUUGGCGCUUUUUACGUUUAAUUUUGUAAUACUACGAGUGAUGUGUGUAGACCUUUAUAUAUAUGGAUUUAUAUUACUAUCUUAUUAUUUAUUUAUUUUCUCGCUCAGUUUUCCUGAUCUUUGAUUUGGAAAAGGUCGCACUUGGUGUUUAUUUUCAUUGGGAUUACUGUUCAAUAUUGACUUUAUAUUGAUGAUUACCUUAAACCUGUGUUUGUAACAAAAUGUGUUAAAUAAUCAAGACUGUCCUGUUUUACUCCUGUUUUGUUUUGGGCAGAUGAAGUGCUCUUGUGAAGACUUUUUUCUUUGGUUGUCAGUACUGAUCAUAAAAAAGAAAAAAAAGAAGAAAAAAAAAGAAAAAACAUUUUUACAGUCAACUGCCUCCUAAUGUUGGGGUCGGCCCAAUCGCCACCGAAGCCUCUUUCGAACUUCAUGUUUAGUGGAAACAUUAGCUUGACUUUUAUUUGCAAAAACCAAUCAAUCAAUAAAUUUUGAAAUUGCUGCUGUAAAGAA